CUCUUCUCUCCCCUCUCUUCUCCUCUCCAGCUGCUGCUAUUGCUGCCGCUACCCUCCUCCUCCUCCCCCUCUUCCUCUUCCUCCUCCUCUUCCUCCUCCUCUUCCUCCUCCUCCUCCGCUGCUCUCCCCUCGGCCGCUUUGUCUCCAGGGUGCCCUAGCUGCAUCCUUGUAGCUGUGGGGAGCUGUCCAGCAGCCCCGCUCCUGAAAGCCUUCCCAGCCCUCCAUCCCCUCGCCAUGUAAGGGCCAUGAGAACACCGCUCCCCACCGCAGCCUGCCAUGGAGGAUGAUGUGUUCCAGCUGAGACAGCUGCCAGUGGUCAAGUUCCGAAGAACAGGAGAGAGUUCCAGGUCUGAUGACGAUGCCAUCUCGGGAGAGCAUGAAAUCCAGAUUGAAGGGGUCCGGUCAGACUUAGAGGCUGUGGAAUUGGAGGAUGGAGCUGCAGUGCCCAAAGAGUUUGCCAAUCCCACUGAUGAUACUUUCAUGGUGGAGGACGCGGUGGAAGCCAUUGGCUUUGGGAAAUUUCAAUGGAAACUGUCUGUCCUCACAGGAUUGGCUUGGAUGGCAGAUGCGAUGGAAAUGAUGAUCCUCAGCAUUUUGGCACCCCAGCUGCACUGUGAAUGGAGACUCCCCAGCUGGCAGGUGGCCCUGCUCACCUCGGUAGUGUUUGUGGGAAUGAUGUCUAGCUCCACUCUUUGGGGAAACAUUUCUGACCAGUACGGACGAAAAACAGGGCUGAAAAUCAGUGUCCUGUGGACUCUCUACUACGGCAUCCUCAGUGCUUUUGCCCCCGUGUACAGCUGGAUCCUGGUCCUCAGGGGCCUUGUGGGCUUUGGGAUCGGAGGAGUUCCUCAGUCGGUAACCUUGUAUGCCGAGUUCCUCCCGAUGAAGGCCAGAGCCAAGUGCAUCUUGCUGAUAGAGGUAUUCUGGGCCAUAGGAACAGUGUUUGAGGUGGUCCUGGCCGUGUUCGUUAUGCCCAGCCUGGGAUGGCGUUGGCUGCUCAUACUCUCUGCAGUGCCAUUGCUCCUGUUUGCCAUCCUGUGCUUUUGGCUUCCUGAGAGCGCAAGGUAUGACGUGCUAUCUGGGAACCAGGAAAAGGCCAUCGCCACCUUGAAGAGGAUCGCCACAGAGAAUGGCGCACCGAUGCCCCUGGGAAAAUUGAUCAUUUCCAGACAGGAAGACCGAGGCAAAAUUAGGGACCUUUUCACACCCCAGUUUAGAUGGACAACUUUAUUGCUGUGGUUUAUAUGGUUUUCCAAUGCGUUUUCAUACUACGGAUUAGUUUUGCUAACUACAGAGUUCUUUCAGGAAGGAGAUGUCUGCAAUAUGUCCAGCAGAAGGAAAGCUGUGAAGGCCAAGUGCAGCCUGGCUUGUGAGUACCUAACUGAGGAAGACUACAUGGACCUGCUUUUGACGACUUUAUCUGAGUUUCCAGGCAUCCUUGUGACUCUGUGGAUCAUCGAUCGCCUAGGCCGCAAGAAAACAAUGGCCCUAUCCUUUUUCGUCUUCUCCUUUUGUAGUCUCCUGUUGCUCAUCUGUGUUGGAAGAAGUGUCCUCACUGUGCUCCUCUUCAUCUCAAGGGCUUUCAUUUCAGGAGGAUUUCAGGCUGCCUACGUUUACACUCCAGAGGUUUACCCUACAGCUACCCGUGCCCUGGGAUUGGGCACCUGUAGCGGCAUGGCAAGAGUGGGUGCCCUCAUCACUCCAUUUAUUGCUCAGGUGAUGCUGGAAUCAUCUGUUUACUUGACUUUGGUGGUGUACAGUGGCUGCUGCCUCUUGGCCGCCCUCGCCUCCUGCUUCCUGCCAAUUGAGACCAAAGGCCGUGGUCUGCAGGAGUCCAGCCACCGGGAGUGGGGGCAGGAGAUGGUGGGGAAAGGGUCCCACAACCUGGGCGUGACCAGGUCCAACUCGGGAUCGCAGGAGUGACGGCGCCUCGAGAGGCUGGAUGUCCAGGAAGGCCGGAGGGAGGAGGUGGGGGUGAUUCCCGGAGGGAUCAGGCUGUCACUGCCAAUGUCACGGGUCACGGGUCCAGACCUGUGGAUUUGGACCGAAAGGAAUUUGUGUCUUCAAUACCGUUCACUCAUAUUCAUCCAGUGCCACCUCGGGGAUGGCAGGGGAGGCAUUUGUUCUGGGGUCGCUCUGUCGGUGGGAGAGGGGGCGAGGUUUGUUAGCGCUGGCCCACUGCCAAGCUCCAGAGGUCCAGCGAUGCCACGAGCCGACCAUGCCGACCGGAUCCAGGUAUUCGACGGGAGAGCCAAGAGCCAAACGGUCCGUGUAGAUAACCCAGCUCUGGGCUCAUUUGCCAAGGAAGAGGACUCCGUCAGUCAGCCUGCUGGGUCCUGGGUCCCCACCUCGGGGGCAGUUUUCAUGGGCAUUGCAGAGAAAGGUCACUGGGAGCUAAGCGACCCUUAUCCGGGUCUAAACUGGAGACAGAGGGGGAAGAAGCCCACGUGGGAAAGGCUCCUGGAUCUCGCAGCUCAGAGUCCUCCCCACACUGCUCACUGCGCUAUCACAUCACCAUUGCUGACCGUGCAUUGGGACCCCGCUCCUCCCCCCAAUCCCAUCUCCACAAUGCAUGGGGGCAGGUCUGUUUUUGUCCAUUGUACUCAGGCUUGUUCCCGAUCCCGACCCUUUCUCACUCACUGGGGAGCGGGGAUCCUUCCUGUCAGACAGCCCCCUCUGACAACUGCUUCCAGCUGGGCUGGGACAUCGGGACAGAAAAAAGGAGGGAUGGAAGGAGGGAUCUCGCCUCUGAUCCCUAGGGAGGUCCAGGAGGAACAGGGCUGGUGAUGUCCUUUCUCCCCCUGGGAGGGCAGUUUGGGGGCCCGGUACCUUUUGUGGCUGGCUCUUCUGUGGGGACGAAAGGUGGGAAGAGGAGACCACCCACUUGAACGGCCUCUCUUUACCAUUCACCAGCCAUGAGGGCAGAUUCCCAUUUUGAGCCUGGACAGAUGUACAGAGAAAUCAGAAAAUGUGCCCAGCCAACCCCACUUCUCAGUAUUAUUCCGAAGCUGGGGGGUGGGGGUGGGACUGAGUUUUAGGUCCUCCUCAUCCCUCAGCUCCAGUUUCGUUGCUGCCAUCCCUUGCCAGUGCUCAUGACAUCACCAUCCCGAGGUGGUCCGGGGUGCCACUCAUGCCCCCCGGGGGGGAUGGUGGCCCUCUUUGAUGGACAGAAUGUGGGGGUCAGCAGAGAGAGAGAAAGAGAGACUGCCUUUUGAACUCAGCUUCCAUCUGGGUCAGGAGAGGGGGACUAACUGGGUUCCAUGUCAGUGUCAUUCACCCGCCUGCAGUACUUGGUUCAGAAUAGGAUGUUUCCCAUUGGGAAAGCAAAGGGAUCAAGUCAGAAGGGAGAGCAUCCCCAUCUCCCAUCAAAGGCCAAAGAAGCUGCUGACAUUUUUUUUUGCUUGGAGAUGUGUUUUCGGUAAACAUUGCAAGGGAACAAAGUCUGUAAGUUCAUUUAUUAUUAAAACAUGUUGGUGAUGGACCUUCA